AUGGCACCACAAUCAUCUCGGCUCGGAAAUGUCCUCCUCGCUGCAUCCCUCAUAAGCACCUCCGCCGCACAAAACACCACAAAUACCACAGAACCCGUUAACUGCAACCCGGGCGGCCGUACGCCUUCUUACGAGCAGCCUGUAAAUGGCACAGGUACAUGGAAUGUCUCUGUCGGAGACGCAAUCGACCUCUACGUCUCUCUCACAUUCGGCGAAUCCCGCAACAAUCCUCGCAACAGCACCGAUAACCGCGUCUUCGACCCGUGGACAUACGCAUACAUUAGCGCCCCCGAAAACACCACAACUCAAGCAUGUGUAUAUAUGUUUGAUGCACUAGACAACCACCGGCAAGGCGGCGGCCAGAAUGGCUGUGACGGCGUAAUAUCCCAGAAAUGCCAGGACUUAUUGGAGAAGGAAUACGCGUUUCCUGUUAACAUUCUUCAACUCAUCGACAGCUCAAAAAACGGCUAUCAAUGCCCCGGCUUGUCGCUUGACAAAGAUGAAGUAGACGAAGCUUGUGGUAAAGGGUUCUGGGGAGGGAUUAGCACGACCCGCACAGCAAAUCUCACAAACACUACUUGCAACGCCGCUCCCCCUGGCAUCGACGUACCAGCUGGCUUCAGCACGCGUGGGCUCUUCGGUGUUGGCCCCACACAAGAACCCUGGGAUUACGAUACCAAUGUUGACAACUUCACUUGGUACGACGAAUACAUUACGAGGCCUGUCCCGGUUCUUGUUGCUGCCGUGUCUGAAGAAGCAUCUAUGGGCGGCGUGACAAAGGUCGUCUGUAUUGCGCCUGAUCAUGUGAGGGAGGGCAGUCGUGUGCCGCCUGAGUCUGUGAACAAUGAGAAUGCGGCGGCGGAUGUGGAGUGGGGUAGGAAAGCGGGGAUGGCUACGUUUGUGGCGGGGCUGGUUAUGUCUUUUGUGAUUGCAUAG